UUCUACCCAAACCCCGUCUUAUCAUGAUGUUUCUGCCUUUCAGACCGCGACAGGAAGAUCUCAGCGAAGAACACAUUAGAUGGGCACGGGAUGCGUCUCCACCACUAUUGAUCGUUGGUACUGUAACAAUAUAUAUAUCCCAGUUUCGCGGGUUUUAAUCCGUACCCCUUCCUUUCUUUCCUGCCCUUCAACUGGUGCUGCAGCGCGGUGCCAGUGCACGACACCGAAUACUUGUCGCUGAGCGAUUAUAAUGAGCACUGGUUGCGCUACUGUUUCGGGAGUCACGACUUCUGCCCGGCCCAGAGUCGAAACUGCCCUUCGUCAUCGCAAGCCUGCUGCAGCCGGGCAGUCUUUGGCAAACCCAGCAUUGUAUAUCGCGACGGCUCUGUGGGCGUAUCUGCCUAUGGUGUCAGCAGAGGAAGUCUGCCACACAACUGAUUCCGGUGACAGUGUCUGCAGACAGCAAAUAUCGACAGCUGUCAAGGUGGCUAUUGGUAUUGUCGUCGCUGCCGUAGUUCUUCUCGCUCUAGGCGUAUUCUACUUCAUUCGCCGCUCCCGCAGCAAGAGACAAGAAGAGGAAUCCGCCGGCUUUGACGUCGAAGCCCAGCCAGAUUGAAGGUCCUCGAGCGACUGCGGCGGU